AUGAGGUUGGACAUUCACAAAUCCUUCAGGCUCUCCAUUCUUCCUGUACCAACUCUACAUCAAGUGCUCAAGCGAAAGGAUCCCGCAGUCUUUCUGAAUGUACCCAGGUUCAUGAACUGGAAAGACGAGCUGUGUAUCAGAGUAUCCGAAGGACUGUGCUCGGGUUACUGGAUCUGCCAAGGGCCGCCUGAGAAACCUCUACGGCCAAAGGACAGCGACGUAGUACUUCUCUGGUUUCAUGGGGGUGCUUACUACUUGGGCGGCCCCUUGGGUGAGGCUGUGGCUCUGCUAAGGACUGCAGAAUGUGCAGCCAGCAUAUUUUCCGUGGACUACACGCUAGCACCAUUCGCGACUUAUCCACGUCAGCAAGAAGAAGCUGUGGCUGCUUACCGCCAUUUGCUGUUCAACGAGGGGAUUGAGGCCAGUAGGAUCGUUGUUGGAGGAGAAUCCGCCGGGGGUCAUUUAGCUCUAUCAUUUCUACUUGCCUUGACAGAAACAACCCUUCCAAAGCCUGGGGGCUCUUUGCUUCUCUGUCCAUGGAGCAACCUCACAAAUGAAUCACCGUCAUUCAAGAGAGACAGGUAUAAGGAUGCUCUCAAUAAACACCUUCUAGAUCGAGACGUGAAUACUUUCAUCCCGAGAGAUCUUAGUGGGCAUCUGCCGCCUCUCGCGAUUGUGAACUUUACACGGCCGUUCACAGGUCGACAGGCUUGGAAGCAGGUGCUCCCGGCACAUUCAUGGAUCAGUAUUAGCGGUCAUGAUAUCUUCCUUGAUGAUACUCAUAAUCUUGUUCAUCAGGCCCGGCUUGAUGGGGCACUGGUUGACCUCGAAAUCACGGACGGCGAGCCGCAUGGUUGGCAGUUUGCUGCUAAUAAAGCUUCAGAGAUGAUUUAUAGCAAUCUUCCUCCAAACAAGGAAGUUCCAGAGAGGUACUUGAGGGCUAUCAUUCAAAAUUACUGCCGUGGAGCUGCCCUAUCAUCAAUCUACCAAGAUUCCCCAAGUUCCUGA